ACCGCAUCAACUUGCCGAAACUCUUCUCCGUCCCUCUGCCUCGAGCUCAAGCUUUAGUUCGCUUCGAACACCAUGCAUUCUCCAUCUUUAUCCGCAACCUUUUGGCCUUUUCCGACCUUUCUUCACAUAUUAAUGCUAUCCGUUCCUUCAAUUGGCGUUGUUUACUACUGAACAUCUUCAACUUGGGAAAAUGGCGGGUUUCGUACAGAAAGGUAUCAAGAACAUCCUCCAGAAGAACCCCAAUGAUGUGGUGUUCCUCUCCGCACUUCGAACGCCUAUAACGCGAGCGAAGAAGGGUGGAUUGCGGGAUGCAUACGAUCACGAGUUGCUUGGUGCAGUUCUCAAAGCUACCAUCACCCGAUUCCCCAACCUCGACCCCGCAAAGAUAGACGAUGUAUGCGUCGGAACCGUUCUUGCAGAACUGGGUGGAUCCAAGGCUGGCCGUAUGGCGGCAAAUCACAUCGGAAUACCUACCACGACUUCCUUCAGUACUGUAAACCGUGCCUGUGCCUCGGGUCUCUCCGCCAUUACAUCGAUAGCGAACUCGAUUGCGGUGGGCCAGAUCGAUGUCGGAAUAGCGGGAGGUAUGGAGAGCAUGACGAGGAACUAUGGAAGCCGAGCAAUUCCAACAGAGCUCUGGCCUGAACUGAAGGACAGCCCUGUCAAAGACGCAAGAGAUUGUAUAAUGAACAUGGGAAUCACAAGCGAGAAUGUCGCGGAGCGAUAUGGCGUCAGCCGAGCAGACCAGGAUGCGCUCGCCGCUCAAUCACAACAGCGGGCUGCCAAAGCUCAAGCAUCCGGAGUUUUCGAUGCGGAAAUCGUCCCGGUGACGACACGCUGGAUUGACCCAGAGGUUCCAGAGGAUGUCAAGGAAAUAACCGUAACAAAAGAUGAUGGUAUCCGAGCCAACACAACCAUUGAGAAGCUCUCCGCUAUGAAGCCGGCCUUCAAACCCGAUGGUGCCAGCACUGCCGGAAACAGCUCCCAAGUCUCGGACGGUGCAUCGGCAGCUUUGAUGAUGCGACGUUCGACCGCGGCCACUCUUGGGUUAACCGACCAGAUCAUUGGCAAAUGGGCCGGAACACAAGUUGUUGGUUGCAAGCCCGACGAGAUGGGUAUCGGACCAGCUCUAGCAAUUCCUAAGCUCCUCGAAUAUACUGGCAUCACCACCGAUGAUGUUGGAAUCUGGGAGAUCAACGAGGCUUUCGCAAGCCAGGCGCUUCACUGCAUCCGGACGCUCGGUUUGGAGGGCCGCAUGGACAAAGUCAAUCCAAAUGGCGGUGCCAUUGCAUUGGGCCAUCCUCUCGGAGCAACAAGUGGAAGAAUGUUGGCAACCUUGCUCAAUGAGCUAGGACGAAGUGGCGAGCAAGUCGGCGUCAUUAGCAAGUGCAUCGGCACGGGAAUGGGAAUGGCAAGUUUGAUUGUCAGGGAAUAGAGCCAGUGUCAGACGUGAUGAUGAAAAAGAUUAAAUGAAUCAUGGGUCCCCAACUGUAUAUACAACCCCGGAUGGUAGCCGUCGCAAAGAAUCUUGAGUUAAGGUUUCGCGUAUAAAUGCCAAUUCAGCAAAAGAUUAUCAAUAACCAAU